AUCUUAUCACCCCAUACCCAGCUCCCAAGACCGCCAAGCUUUCCCAAUCGCAUCCUUUACAAUUCAAUUGCUUGUCCUCUUCACGUGUCUCAGCGACUUAAAAUCUAGAACCGACCCGCAUCUCCAGUUCGCCCCCGAGCUAUCUCUGUUUAAGGGUUGAUCCCGCAAGGAUAAUGCUCCAAUCAUCCCCGCAGACCUCGGCCUACUCCGUAUGGGGUGAAGGCACAAAAAAAAGUUACACAAGGGACGAGGCAGGGAAAUAAAAAACCUCGGCUGCGGUAUUUUCGUCCUGAUUUAUUCCCUUUUUUACGAAAAACCUGUCAUUUCUCAUUUUGGUUGAGCACGCGACAUCAGCUUUCCAAGAUGGCUGCUAUUCCCGAUCCCGAAAAGGAGUCUAAAUCCGAAACGCCAAACAUUGCCAAUGAGGAUCAGCUUGGAGUUCAGAAUGUGUAUGGCGAUGAAACGCAUAGAAGGCUCAAGGGCCGGCAUAUCCAACUUAUUGGAAUUGGAGGAACCAUUGGCACUGUUCUUUUCGUCCAAAUCGGCAAAGGUCUAAUGCAAGGCGGUCCAGGAAGUCUUUUCAUCGCCUUCUCCUUCUGGUGUCUAAUCGUCCUCACCAUCACAAUGUGCAUCGCCGAAAUGGUCUCUUACACGCCAAUCUCAUCUCCGUUCGUCCGUUUUGCGGGUACCUACGUCGACGAAGCUCUCGGAUUCGCCUCAGGCUGGAAUUUCUUCAUCUUCGAAGCUGCGCUGGUGCCCUUCGAAGUCACGGCUUGUCAUUUUAUUCUUCAAUUCUGGACCGAUGCGAUUCCCGUUGGCGCGACUAUUGCGGUGAUUAUUGUGCUGUAUGCGCUUAUCAAUCUUAUGGCGAUUCAGUAUUUUGGCGAGACGGAGUUUUGGGCUGCCAUCGGAAAAGUCAUUUUGAUUGUUGGACUGAUCUUCUUUACGUUUAUCGUCAUGGUUGGUGGAAAUCCGCAGAAAGACGCGUUCGGAUUUACGUACUGGAAGAGUCCUGGAGCGUUUGCCGAGCUCUACUACGACGGUGCCUUGGGUAAAUUCGUGGGCUUUCUGGCUUGUCUCAUUCAAGCAGCCUUCUCCAUCGCUGGUCCCGAUUAUGUCGCCAUGGCAGCUGGAGAAGCCGAAAACCCUCGCAAGAUUCUGCCCCGGGCUUUCAAGACGGUGUUUUACCGGCUGACUUUCUUCUUCGUGCUCGGAUCGCUCUGCGUGGGCAUUCUAGUGCCUUACGAUGACCCAAACAUGAUUGCUGCUUUCAGGGAUGGCAAGUCCGGAGCCGCUGCUUCACCAUACGUUAUCGCCAUGGAUCGUCUUGGGAUCCGGGUUCUGCCGCAUAUCGUCAACGCCAUGAUUCUGGUAUCGGCGUUUUCCGCCGGCAACUCCUACGUAUUUUGUGCGACGAGAUCUUUGUAUGGUCUUGCACUUGAAGGGAAAGCACCGAGGUUCUUGAAAAUAUGCACCAGAACAGGUGUGCCCAUUUACUGCGUCCUUGUUGUUCUGCUCAUCGCUCUGCUAUCGUUCCUUCAACUAUCGAAUAGCUCAGCUGUUGUUCUGAGUUGGUUUGUGUCUUUGGUCACAGCCUCUCAGCUGAUCAACUUCUCCGUCAUCUGUCUCACAUACCUUUGCUUUUAUCGUGCAACAAAAGUGCAGGGUUUCGACCGCUCGACGUUACCUUAUCGCGCGUGGUUUAUGCCAUAUGCUGCUUACGUCGGACUAGUCGCGACUUUUAUCAUGGUAUUUGUUGGAGGAUAUACUGUUUUCCUGCCAGGAAUGUGGGAUGUUCCUAGCUUCUUAUUCUCAUACACAUCAGUUGGACUGUUCCCAGUGUUUUAUGUCGGAUGGAAAAUUGCUCACAAAACAAAGAUUCUCAAGCCAAGCGAGAUCGAUCUACGACAUAACUUGGCUCCGAUUGAAGAGUACGAGAGAAAUUAUGUGUCUAAACCGCCAGCAAAUUGGUUCGAGAAGGUUUUGCACCUUUUAUUCGGUUGACAGCAUGAUGCAGCAUGAGAAUUUGCAAGUCUCAAGAGCAGGAAGCAGGCAAACUGGAGAGAAAAUAACAAUAUGGUUUGGCGACAUGACUGAGCAUUUCUGUAUAUCUACUGGCGAAAAUACUAGACGGCAUCUGGGGCGGUUAGAUAAAAGGGCAACUAGCAUACGACGAUACCCAAGUUCAAUCGCAAAGC